AUGGCUGGAAAUUAUGGAAGAUUCCAACUUGAUCUACCAGAAAAUGAUUAUGCUGACACAGCAGAAGAAAAUAUGUUUUUAGAGGUAGUUUUGGAUGAAAAUGUGUUAAAUCAAAUAGAAGAAAUUAUUUGUGAGACAAAUGAAUGUAAAAAUGAAAUGAUGGAAGCAUCUAUCACUGCCUCUUCAACAUUAAACAAUGAUGUGAUGAAGAGUGAGUUAAGUGGACCAGCUGACCCUGGCUUAGGUAAAGCAAACAUGCCUACUGCUACCGUUGCUGAUAAUGAUCAAGAAAGAUUUAGAAAAGUAACUGCAGCCGACAUGAACAAGUACCUGGACAUGAACCAAUCCAAAUCCACCAAGGCUAACACAAAAUGGGGAAUGAAAAUUUUUCAAGAUUGGCACACUGAAACCUAUGGCAACAAACUGGAUAUGGCACAGUAUAGUAUAGAUGAACUAAAAGAGAAACUGGGAAAAUUUUACUGUGAGGCACGACCAAAGAAUGCUAAAACAAAUGAUCAAGAGUUAAAACAGGUGCCUAACACUGAAUAUCACAAAAACACACUCAAGAAUAUACGGGCCGCAAUUAAUCGACACUUUCAUGACCUGAACCGUGAAAUUGAUAUAGUCAACGGAAAUGAAUUUAAGAAGGGAAAUAAAAUCUUGGACGGGUUGUUGAAAGAAAGGAUGACUACAGGUCAAUCACGGGCAACAAAACACAAAGAUAUUAUUGAACUGGCUGACCUCACAAAGAUUUCUUCCUAUUUUGAAAGAGUAGAGUUUUCCCCUUUCAUUUUGAGACGAUGUGUCUGGUUUAAUAUCGCGAUACAUUUUGUAACACGGGGGCUCGAAUGCCACCAUCAAUUAUCAACAAACUCAUUCGAGUUCAAAAGUGAUGAGUCUGGCAUUGAAUAUGUGGUCAUGUCCCAUGAAACGCGUCAAAAAAAUUUUCAAGGUGGUCUAACAAAUACUGAGGCCAGUUACGAUAAGAGAAUGUACGCUAACAACAAAUCUAACUGCCCAGUGAAAAUGCUGAGGUUACUGUUGGAAAAAACAGAUCCGAAUAGCACGGCAUUGUUCAACCAGUGUGUGAAAGAAGCAAUUUUCAAACCUGAGGAAAACAAAUACUGGUAUAACAGUAAAGCUCUCGGGAAGUCAAGCUUCUCGUGCUACAUGCCAGAUAUUUCCAAAUAUGCGAAUUGUACCAAAAGAUACACCGCCCAUUGUUUACGGGCAACGGCUAUAAAUCCAUGA